UUGGCUCCUCGCUUCCCCCUGGCUCUGCUCGGCGACUGCGUUCGGCUCUGCGCGGUGCUCCGGGGAGGCGGACCUCCUGCUUCUACCCGCCGAGCCGCUGCCCUGAAGGACGGAGAGCCAUGGCGCUCCGGGUCACCAGGAACACGAAAAUUAGCGCCGAAAAUAAGACGAAAGUCGGCAUGGCCGGCGCCAAGCGUGUGCCCUUGGCCACUGCCACGGCCUCCAAGCCCAGCGGGGACAUUGGGAACAAAGUCAGCGAACAGGCCAGAGUGCCUGUGAAAAAGGAAGCAAAAACAUCAGCAACUGGGAAAGUUGCAGCUAGAAAACUGCUGAAACCUCUGGAAAAUGCUCCUGACUGUGAGCCGGAGCCGGAGCCUGAAUUUGAGCCUGAGUCAGAACCUGUGAAGGAUGAAAAACUUUCGCCCGAACCCAUUGUGGUGGACGCUCCGUCUCCAAGCCCGAUGGAGACAUCUGGGUGUGCCCCGGCCGAGGAGUACCUGUGUCAGGCUUUCUCUGAUGUGAUUCUCGCGGUGAGUGACGUGAACGCAGAGGACGGAGCGGACCCAAACCUCUGCAGCGAGUACGUGAAGGACGUCUACGCCUACCUGCGGCAGCUGGAGGAAGAGCAGUCGGUUCGACCCAAAUACCUCCUGGGUCGAGAAGUCACCGGGGGCAUGCGGGCCAUUCUGAUCGACUAGCUGGUGCAGGUCCAGAUGAAGUUUCGGCUGCUGCCGGAGACCAUGUACAUGACCGUGUCCAUCAUCGACCGCUUCAUGCAGAACAGCUGUGUGCCCAAGAAGAUGCUGCAGCUGGUCGGAGUCACUGCUAUGUUCAUUGCGAGCAAAUACGAAGAGAUGUACCCACCAGAGAUCGGUGACUUUGCCUUUGUCACCAGCAACACCAACACAAAGCACCAAAUCAGACAGAUGGAAAUGAAGAUUCUAAGGGCCUUGAACUUUGGUCUGGGCCGUCCUCUGCCCCUCCACUUCCUUCGCAGAGCAUCGAAAAUUGGAGAGGUCGAUGUUGAGCAACACACUUUGGCCAAAUACCUGAUGGAACUGACUAUGCUGGACUAUGACAUGGUGCACUUUCCUCCUUCUCGGAUUGCGGCGGGAGCUUUCUGCCUGGCCCUGAAAAUUUUGGACAACGGUGACUGGACGCCGACUCUGCAGCACCACCUGUCCUACACCGAGGAGGCGCUCCUCCCCGUCAUGCAGCACCUGGCCAAGAACAUCGUCAUGGUGAACAACGGACUCACAAAGCACAUGACCAUCAAGAAGAAGUACUCCGAGUCCAGACUCGCCAGGAUCAGCACUUUACCCCAGCUGAAUUCUACCCUCGUCCAGGACCUGGCCAGGGCUGUGGCUAAGGUGUAACCUGCGAAGGAAUGCCAGAUCUGCAAAUACAAUUGGCACCAUGUGCCAGCCACCUGUACAUACUGUACCAUGUUUACUUGCUUUUCAAUAAAGAUUGUGCCU